AUGGGAAAGAGAAAAUCAUCAUCCCGUGUCCAAACAAAGAAGGUCAAGCAGGUAUUGGAUAUCACGUUCACAUGCCUUUUUUGUAAUCAUGAGAGGUCUGUCAUUUGUACGUUGGACAAAAAGAACGGGAUUGGAGAGCUUCAUUGUAAGAUUUGUGGACAAACAUUCCAAAGCACUAUCCACUCAUUAUCCAAACCAGUUGAUAUUUACAGCGACUGGAUCGAUGCCUGUGAGGACUUGGAAGAAGAAGCUGGACAUGAUGGCAUAGAAGUGACAGAAGGUGAAGAGCAUGAAGAAGACGAUGAGGAAGAAAAUGACGAAUUCAAGAGACGUAAAGAUCCAAUCUUAGACUCUGAUGAUGAUGAAUACUAG